AUGGACAUGCGUAUUGGUGCUCGAAACAAAUCGGGGUAUCUCACUGGCGCAACUGCGAAACCCUCCAUUGAUGACCCAACCUAUGAUAAUUGGGUUACUGAGAAUAAACGGGUGAAAAAAAUUGAUCAUCGUAAGUCUUCUUCUGAAACCAUCGUGAAUGGCGUAGUCCAGAUGCAUUCUUCCAUGGCUCGUUUGCGCGUUCACAUCUUUCUUAGCGGCUUGGAUUCUGAUUUUGACCAAGUUCGUGGAGAGAUUCUUCGUAAAGACCCAAAAUUGGAUCUUGAGAGCACAUAUGCCUAUGUCCAUCGUGAACAUCGACAACGUAUCACUAUGGGUCGUCCUGCUCCUACAUCGGAUUCCUCUGCUCUACUAUCUCAGGUUCCUCAUUCCUCCCCUGUUAAUUAUACUCCUAAACACCAUAAGGAUAAUUCUUCUGGAAAACCCUUGUUAUGUUCUCAUUGUGGUGAUUCUGGUCACUCAAGACUCGUUGCUAUGAAAUCAUCGGCUAUCCAACAUAGUGGGACUUCAGCAAACGCAUCAGAUCAUAUGAUUCAUUAUGCUUCUAUAUUAAAACAUUGUUUCCCAUGCAGUAAUGGUGGUUCUGCCUCCAUUACUUCUCAGGGUACCAUUACUCUAUCAAAAACUCUCACUCUUUAUUCUGUUCUUGUCGUUCCUUCUCUUGAUUUCAAUCUUUUAUCUGACGUCCAGACCGAGCUUUACUUCUUAGAAGUCUCUGAGGGUGGUACUGACUUGCAUUGCAGAGCAUCUGCUACUAACACUCCACAUUCUUCCCAUUCUCCUGCUUGGCUUUGGCAUAAACGACUCAGACACCUUUCCUUUGACAGUCCACCAAAUCAAAAUCCUUCUCCUGAAGUCUCCACCGAUUUUCCAGGUACAGAUCUUGUCAAUGCAAGUCAUUCUUCACAAAAUGAGGCACCAAGUCUACCUUAUAUACUAGAAUCACCUGAUGUGGGCAGUUCUGAAACACAUCCCGAACCUACUACUGAGGUAACUUCUGUCUCUAUUGUAAACUCUUCCAUCCUAACUUCUUCUAACACUCACAAUACCCAAAUCAGAAGAUCAGGACGACAAAAUAAAGGUAUAUCAAAACCAGUUUAUGAACCAGAUUCGAGAGUGAAAGUAAAAUACCCUAUUAGCAGUUAUGUAUCAUCUCAUAGAUUAUCUGAAUCAUAUGCUCUAACGGUUGAACAAUUAUCCAUUGUAUCUAUUCCUAAUAGUGUGCAGGAAGCAUUAGAAGAUCUUAGAUGGAAGCAAGCAAUGAACAUAAAGAUGGAAGCACUUCAGAAAAAUGAAACUUGGAAACUAACUUCUUUACCAAGUGGAAAAAAGACAAUUGGGUGCAAAUGGGUAUACACUGUGAAGUUAAAAGCAGAUGGAAGUAUUGAUAAAUACAAGCUAAUAGAGAUUGGCCCCCUGAAACAAUUUGAUGUAAAGAAUGUCUUCUUGAAUGGUGAUUUAGAAAAGGAGGUCUACGUGGAGGUUCCACCGGGAGUACAGCUACCCCCUUCAAAAGAAAGUGUAGUCUGCAAAUUAAAAAAGGCUUUAUAUGGCCUUAAACAGUCACCCAGGGCAUGGUUUGGAAGACUCACGUUAGCAAUGAAGAAGUUUGGGUAUAAACAAAGUAAUUCAGACCAUACCUUGUUUAUAAAGCAUAACAAAGGAAAGGUGGCCAUACUUAUUGUCUAUGUAGAUGAUAUGGUGUUAACAGGAGAUGAUGUGGAAGAAAUGAAAUUACUUGAGAAGAAACUGGCUCCAGCCGAUACUCCAAUUGAAAUGAAUCAUUCUCUUGCUGUAUAUCCAGACCAGAUUGAGACGGAUAAACAUAGAUACCAGAGGUUCAUGCAUUCUCCUAGUGAAGAAUAUAUGACAGCAGUAUACCGUAUCCUUAGAUACCUCAAAGGUUCACUAGGGAAAGAAGGCAACUUAGUCACAUGGAGAAGCAAGAAGCAAAAGGUAGUUGCAAGGUCUAAUGCUGAAGCUGAAUUUAGAGGUAUGACAUAUGGCAUUUGUGAAUUACUAUGGAUUAGAAGCGUCCUAGCUGAUUUGGGAAUCAAAUAUGAACAACUAAUGAACCUUUACUGUGACAACAAGGUUGCGGUAGAAAUUGCACAUAACCCGGUUCAACAUGAUAGAACCAAACAUGUUGAAGUGGAUAGACAUUUUAUUAAGGAAAAGCUAGAUAAUCAAGUAAUUCAAACUCCACAUGUUCAGUCUGAAGAUCAACUUGCUGAUAUACUAAUAAAGGUUGUUUCAGGAAAGGUGUUUGAAGAAGUCAUUAACAAGUUGGGCAUGAUUGAUAUUCAUGCACCAACUUAA